CUUGGACUGGAAGGAUGAAGAUGGUAACACAGUCUUCCACAUUGCUGCAUUGAUGAAUCAGACUGAGGUCAUGAAGUUGCUGCGUAAAACUGUUAAAGUAAAAGCGAAGAAAUUGGAUGGCAAAACAGCGAUGGACAUAUUUCAAACUCACCAAUCUCCUUGUUUCCCCAAAGCAAGCAGACUUUUCCACAACGCUAAAGAAAGGCUACUUGGUCGUUCCACAACUACUCUUGCGGAAUAUUUGAGCAAAAAGCUAACGUUUAUUGAGAAACGUAACAAUCUCUUGGGGCUGAGCAAUUUGAGCAUGACUGGAGACAGGUCUCUAAACACUAGCAACCGCCACGAUGCAAUACUUGUUGUGGCUGUACUGAUAGCAACAGCUACAUACCAGGCUGGUCUCAGUCCUCCCGGCGGAUUUUAUCAGGAUGAUUCCUCAAAUUUUAAAGAUGAGAAUAGUAACUUUGCUGGGGAGAUGACUAUGGAUUUCUACUUAGCCUUAUCUUUUCUUGCCCUCAAUGGGUUCGCCUUCUUAUCAUCUCUAUAUGUGAUCCUUAUCCUCAUAGUUGGACUCCCCAUGUGGAAGUUCAUCUAUGGUUCAACGGCCGCUUUAGGUGUCGCUAUGUUAUUUUCAUACUACAGUAUAUUCCCAAAUCCAGAUAACGAAGAGUUAUAUCAAGAGGCGUAUACGUAUAUGGAUUCCCAGUGA